CAACACGGUCGCCGCAGAUUCAAGAUAACCACGAAUUUUCUUAGUAGAUUUUCCAACGCCAGUAAAAAUGUCGAUGACACUGGAAUUACAGCCUAUUCCAAGUCAUACUCACCGCAAUGAAGUGUCAGAUCCAUUUGAACCAGCUGCGGAUGUACAGGUCGCUCGAGCCAAACAGAAGUGGAAUGAACCGAGCAUCAAUAAGUAUCGUCUUGCCGCGACCAGCAUCGCUUUCGCGCUCGUAGGAGCUAGUGAUGGCGUCUAUGGUGCACUUGUUCCAUACAUCCGACCCGAUUAUGAUCUCAGCACGACAGUCACGUCGCUGAUCUUCGUUACUCCUUUCGUUGGAUAUACAAUCGCUACAGCCAUUGUAAACACGGUGCAUAUGCGUCUGGGACAGCGCGGUAUCGCUGUCAUAGGGCCACUAUGCCAUCUGAUUCCGUUCCUCGUCAUGGCUAUCCACCCGCCAUACAUUGUCAUGCUGAUUAUGUACGUCAUUGUCGGACUAGGUAACGGUCUUGUAGAUGCGGCGUGGAAUUCGUGGACGGCAGACAUGGCUUCAGCAAAUGUGUUUGUAGGUAUGCUCGGCGCAUUCUACGGCAUUGGUGCAACUCUGAGUCCCUUGAUCGCGACACAACUUAUUAGCACGGAUAGGUCAUGGUACACAUUCUACUGGACCCUGGUAGGAGGUGCAGCUCUGGAGCUUGUUACCAGCACUGCUGCUUUUUGGACAGCAACCGCCGAAGAGUACAGAGAACACAAUGCUCGCGUCGGAGGAGGUGACGAGAAGAGUCGUACCUGGGAAGCUGCUAAGAGUCCAAUCACAUGGCUGAUGUCGGCGUUUUUGUUCAUCUACAUGGGUGUUGAAGUGUCCGUUGGUGGAUGGAUUGUGGAUUUUAUGAUUCAUGUCCGGCAUGGGAGCGAGUAUGAGUCUGGUCUUAUCCCUACUGGCUUCUGGGCUGGUGUAACGGUUGGCCGCAUUGUGCUGGGCUUUGCAAACGAAUAUCUCGGCGAACGUGUUGCCAUUGCUGGCUAUCUUGGCCUUUCUGUUGUUGUGCAGCUAAUCUUUUGGUUCGUUCCCAAGUUUGUUGUGUCUGCCGUUGCAGUAUCAUUCCUCGGAUUCUUCACUGGCCCUCUGUUCCCAGGAGCAAUCGUUGUCGCCGCGAAGCUACUCCCAAAACAUCUACACACGCCAGGGAUUGGCAUUAUUUCUGCCUUUGCGGGAAGUGGUGCCGCCAUAUUGCCUUUUGUCGGUGGUGCUAUUUUGGGAACAACUGGCGUACAAAGCUUGCAGCCCUUCGUGCUUUCGCUGUUGGCUAGCUUGAUAGCCAUUUGGAUUCUCUUGCCUAAGCGCAAGCAUAACGAAAGCUAAAGGCACCUCUGCAGAUAGCCACCUUUCUUGCAAAUUCAUGUGGAAUCAUUCAUC